GCCUUGACCUGCCUUGACCUGCCCUGCCCUCCACUUGCACACCCGGCCCGUCGCCCUCUGUCUCGACCAGCGCCCCUCCCCUUUAUACUGUGCUCAAGCGACGCUGUAUCUGCCCGAGCCAUGGACAAAAUCACAAACUACUUUGAUAUGACCAACUUGACGGCCAUGGCCAACAAGGUCAAGGCCGUCGUGAUGAACUACACCGAGUGGCAGGCCAAGGUCGUCGAGGCCACCAACAACGAGCCAUGGGGCGCGAGCUCGACACUGAUGCAGGAAAUUGCGCAAGGAACUAACCACUACGUGCACAUGAACGAGAUCGUCGACAUGAUCUUCAAGCAGAUGCAAAACACCGGAUCGAACUGGAGAAUGACCUACAAGGCAUUGCAGCUGCUCGAGUACCUCGUCAAGAACGGCUCCGAGAAGGUCGUGGACUCGAGCCGCGAGCACAUUUACGAGGUCAAGGCCCUCAAGAACUUUUCUUACAUUGACGAAAAGGGCAAGGACCAGGGCAUCAACGUUCGCAACCGCGCAAAGGAGAUUGCCGAGCUUCUGUCCGACACCCAGCGCAUCCAAGACGAGCGUCGAAAGGCCAAGGAGAACCGCAACAAAUACAAGGGCGUCGAGGGCGGAUCGGGCUUCAGCUCCGGUUUCAGCUCUGGCCCCAGCUUCUCCUCGGGCGGGAGUCGCUACGGCCUAUUCGGAAGCGACUCAUACAGUAACAGCGACUCGGCGCGAGGCUCGAGCGGGUACCAGGACGCCCCAGCAGCCUCGAGCACCGGUGGAAACACCUCCAGAACCCGAUCUCCAGAGCGCAAGGGAGCCGAGUCCGGAACCAAGAAAAUCAACAUUAUCAUGUCCAGCGGCUCGACAGCUCAGUCUCAGGGCAGCCAAGGCGCUGCCUCCACCGUCCCGACCGCCAACCUUUUCGACUUUGGAACCGCCAACACAGCCGAUGGCGACGAUUGGGGCGACUUUGAAUCGGCUCCAAGCCAGGCCACCAUGCCGAACGUUGCCGCGCCUGCACCUGCACCUGCCUCUGCAGGUUUUGCCAGCUUUGGUGCUUUCCAGGGCACCAGCGCCUCGAGUAACGUUGCGAGCAGCAGCAACGGUGCCUUUGCCAGCUUCCCUGCUCCCCCUCAGCCGCAACAGACCGCCGCCACUUUGUCCUCGUUUGCGGCCUUUGCUCAGCCUCAGGCCGCUGCCCCUGCCCCUGCCCCUGCCGUCAACAGUGGCUUUGCCAACUUUGCCCAGUUCCAGUCGACCUCGCUUCAGCCGACACAGGCCAACAACAAUGGCUUCCCGCCUGGAUUCGGUGGACCUUCGCCCAUGGCGACGCUGCAGCCAAAGCCUUUGUCGUCCACCAACCUUGGACUCACUGCUUCGGCGACGGCCUCGGUGGCUUCCUCCGGCGCUCCAGGAUCGACUGGUGCCCUCGCUGCCAACGAUCCCUUUAGCAAGCUUGUCUCGCUCGACCCGAGCUCCCUGUCGACCCCCAACCGCCCGGUCGAGAAGACUGGCCCAAGCCUCAACGCCCUCGGCAGCGCCAACACCCCGGUGCUCUCGACCCCGCUCAGCGGCAACUAUGGAUACGGAGCAAUGCGCCCCAACCCAGCCGUCGGUGGCGCCUGGCCUGGUCAGGCUCCUGUCAACCAAGGCUUCUCGAUGUCGGCUGGCAACGUCCUGCUUCCACAGAACCUCCAGGCUUCUGGACAGAAUCCCCUGCAGCCUAUGCGACAGCAGCAGCCCCAGCAGCAACAGCAGCAACAGCAGAGCGGGUUCACGGCCGGCCCCAAUGCCUUUGAUGGCUUGAUUUGAUUUGACAUGACUUGGCUUGAUUCGACAUGGCUUUGGCUUGGCUUGGCUUUGGUUUGGGCUUGACCAUGGAGUUCGUAUUCCAGCUUCGGUGCGCUGUCGGGUGCCUUGAUGCACCCACCCACCCUCGUUCUCGCCAGCAAAGUCACCUUCCCUCCCCAAGUAUAUUUGAUAGAGCAGCAAGUCGUCCUCCGCGCUUAAUUUGGCGACAUUCGUUUUGACUUUGGAAUGUGUGCGAACCCCGGCACAGAUCGCCAACUGAUCCAGAGACCUGCAGCGACCCAAUCCCUUGACCCACCACCACCUUCCUCCACACUUUCACUCUCACUCGCCAUCGUUCUGUCUGUCUCUCUGGCUCCUGGAAAUAUAUGCACACGGCACAUCCGCCUCCUCCGUCCAUUCAAUACAGAUCACAAUCAAAGA